AAUGAAUCUUGGACGAAUGGUACACAUCUGGUCUUUACUGGGUGGAAGGAUCUUGGGGCAAGUCACUUUUUCUUUCAUGUUGGCUUGGCCAUGGGAAAUGGAAAUCCUUCUGGCCCAAGGAUGAAGCAUUCGCAUAAGCAUAUGCAUAGACAGAAACACACUCGCCCCUUUUGCUCCCCAUAAAACUGGAAGUUUCAUCCUCUCUUAUAUACGUAAACACCAACCAACAAAAACCAACCAUGGGCCAGUGCAACAGUUCUGCUGUCCAAUGCUGUGAACCCUGCAGCAAAUCGGGACAGCCUCGCGAUAUUCUGUGGCAAGGUGCUCCCGCAAGGCCGUCUUCUACUGGCAAGCAAGUGAUCAAGACGUCCGUACUACCAACUCAGUCCGCCCACAGCAGCGCAGCAGUUCCUCGUCAAAAAAGCACGCUCCAACUCUCCGUGUCUCUGGAUCAGCAGUCCGAUCACUCGGUCUGCAUUCGAGUCGAACUGCUCGAUGGACAGAGUGUUCUGCUGGAUACGACGUUGCAUACUUCCAAUACAUCCGACACCACUCCGGCAAGAAACACAUCCUCGUCUUUUCCGCCAAAGGAAAUUGUCGCAUCGUCAGACGAACCAAACAAGAGCCACUACAAGGAUAUCCACUUUUCGGCCAACAAGCCAGAACCAGCGCUGGGACCACUCCAACAACUACAGGUGUCCGAGAGCUCGCUUCCCAACCUUUUGGAUCUCAAUAAGCCCCCGUCCCGAAGAACUGCCUUUCAGCAAGACGAAUGCCCCACUGCUCGUCUGGCUGCCAGUGACGGGGCCCUUCUCAACACGGCUAAAAAUCGACGCCAUCCAAUGGCCAUUAAGGAAAACUCGUGGUAUCACCUGGGGUAUGCUUCAGGAAUGGAAGAGUCUUCUCAGAGCUUGGAUUUUGAAGGAGCCAUGUUGUCGACCAGCAACAACCCCAGUGGUCACACGCAAGAAACAAAAAACUCCUGGGGAGGCAUCUCUGUCAAAAAGUCCAUGAACAGAAUGUCUCUUUCCAGCAGCACCAGCAGCAGUAACAAGGAUAGCAACGGCAAGGCUCAGUUCCCUCCCAUUGACAUCUCCAUGAAUGACAUUUCCGGAAACACAUUGCCAACGCGCUUUGACUAUCAAGACUGUCAAGAUCUAAAUGAUGACGACGUUUCCGAAACAGAAGACGACGAUGAGAUGGAUCUCUCGUGGGACUACCAUCGAAACAUUCGAUCAUUGACUUCCGAACUGGAUACACCGCCCUUUCCUCCCGGGCUGUCGCAUACCGACUCGUCUUCCUCCUUGGGGCGUCGCACCCCAUGCUCGGCUCUGUCAUCAUCCACUCCAGAAGCAUCUCCCCCAUCCUUCAUCUCCAACUUGUCGUCAGCAGGCCGACCACAGUCGUAUGCGUGUCGUCAUCGACAUUCUUCCACGUUUCUGUCGCAUGUUGACUGCAGCACCAACGACAACAUGAUGAUGAUGAACAACCACAGCAACCGUUCGUGUCAAAGCGAUUCCUAUGUUGUCGUCGUGCGACGAAAGACGGACGAGUCCACAACCCAAACGUCAAGGCUGCCAUGGAACCCGCAUCAACUUCCUGCUUUCUAAUACAGUUGAUAUAUAAUAAUAGUAUAAUAGUACAUUGUAUGUAACACUAGCUAGGCAGAUCAUGCAGAUGAUGAGACAUGACAGCUCCCACCA